CAACUUUAACUUCAGAUCGUGAGUUUGCAUCUUCAACUCCCGCACUCCACAGUCACGAGCCAACCACCCCUCCGACCUCAUACCCGGCAGGAUACAUACCAAUUACACGUAUCCGACCUUUUCAAACCAAUAGUCCACUAUCUCAAGGCCACAAUUCCAGCGCUUCAAGCAUCCAAUCCAAUCCCAAUCUAAAAAACACCCAAAACAAAAACCACCAACCCUAGCAACCAACGGCCAACGGCCAACGGUCAAGAACCAGCAACCAACAUCAAGCAAACCAACAACGCACACGACAGCCCAACAACCACAACCAUUCCUCCCCUCCGCAAGCUCGCUAUGUCCGCCCCGGCCCCCUGGGGCCCCAUCCUCCACACCCACCUCACCCAUCUCACCCCCCCAACCUUCACCCUCAGCACACUCCACCACACACCAUCCCUCACACCGCCCUACAGUCCCCGUGCACGAACCUGCGUAUUCCGGGGAAUGUUCGGGUCCGGCCCACGCGGCGCCGCGAAGGGUCCACAGACGGCCAGUUCCGACUUACUCACCUUCACGACGGACGUGCGGUCGGCUAAGGUCCCCGAUUUACUCGGCCCGGGACAGGAGGAUAGGAGGGCGAGUGGUGGAGGAGGGAGGGUGGAGCUUGUGUUCUGGGUGAAGGAGGUGAAUAUGCAAUGGCGCAUACGGGGAGAUGGGUGGGUUCUUGGGCCGGAUGUUGGGGGUAGGGGAGAGGGUGCAGAAGCUGUGAAGGAGGCGCUUAAGGGGAGGCUGGGGGAGGUUGGGGAGGAGUGGGGGUGGGAGGGGGAAUGGGAAAGGCAGUUUGAAGGGAUGGGGAGGGAGUUGAAGAAGGGGUUGGCGGGGCCGCCGCCGGGGGAGGUGAAGAAGGGGGUUGAAGGGGGGGAGUUUGAUGAGGAGAAGGCGAAGGGGAAUUUUAGGCUUGUGGUUGUGAGGCCAGCGGAGGUGGAGUGUGUGGAUCUUACGGACCCUGAGAGUUCGAAGAGGUGGAUAUAUACGUUUGUGGAGGGGGAGUGGAAGAGGGAGGAACUGAACCCUGGAUUAGGGAGAACCAUGCGACUCGGGAGCUUGUAGACAGCUGAGGUGGAACAGCAAUGCAUAUGAGAAUCAGGGGGUUAGGGGCUCCAAGACAUCCACGGGACAAGGACGACUGGUGAAUAAUGGCCUGGUCUUGCACCGGAGAAAUAAUAUGUGAGACCCUGAGGUUGAGGAUGUAGAAUUGGCAGCUAAAGCCGCCAGACCAAAAUAGAGCAUCUGGGCGCCUGUUUUUGCAACUCACUCUUCUAGACCACCGAGUCUCCCACAAGGGCGCCACUUCAUCUACACAGCUUGACAAUAGGGCCUUUGAACGUUACGCUACGAGUCUGAUUUGGAGCCACUGGCAUGACGACAGUAGCUCGCAUAAUGUACAGUACAAACCGCCUGUGCAUUAUGUAGUCCGACCGGAUUAGGCUAAUAUCAUCACUCAAGCGAGACACACAUCCUUUCCGCAACCGGUGGGCGCUCGAGCUUCGACAGCCCAGGAGUGGCACGGGACGUUGUUGGCGCGGGAUGCAACACUGGCAGACGUGUCUGUGGUUGGUCGUACCGAAUUUCGCCGUAGGAAUGUGGGAGUUGAGGCGUGGAGACAAGGGUUUCCAGGGUCCUCAUGGGAAAUCGAGAGCUCCUCACGAGUUGGAUUAUGGAUAGAGGAAAGAUUGGCGGCUCGCUUCUGUGGUGAUGAUACACGCAAAUUCUUCAGCGGCGGGGAAGAGUGAGAGGCGGUGUAUGGGUAUUUGGAGAGGAGCAUGGCUGUGGUUCAAUGGCGCGCAAACCAGUGGAGUUGCGUCAGAAAGCGAGAGGGAGGCCUGCACUCACAUAUGCAGUCUUGAGGCCCUGUUCUCACAUAUGCAGUCGUGACUCGUCAUUUUGGCCGCCAGUGGUAGUCUUGGGGCCUCUGCUGGCUGUGAACCUCGUUCUGCAGCGCCCGUGCUGUAGAAGUACAGUGCCCGAGUACACUCGAAUACCGUGUGGGCGCAAACCGGCACAAUUCUACGGAGUAGUAAGUACCUUGGCGAUGCAGGAAGGGUUGGAGAAAAGAGGAGGUGUGUGGCGAUCUGUUCGCUAGGAUCGGGCGGAAGGGUUCCCCGAUCACGCUUGUUCUUGCCCGUCAGUCGCUGUUUCUACAGAUGGCGCACACGAUUUCUCUUGAUUUUCUCAGCCGCUCUUUGUGCGGAGACUGGCGAGAAGAAAGGGCAAGAUCUGAGAUUGAUGAGAUACGGGGAUAAAGGUCUCGGCGCUGCUGUGCAACAGGGAGAUAAAUUGACGGCGGGCACCCCGAGGCCUUGUGCGACAAGAAAAGUGUUGGUGCCAUUAAAACACUCUAUUUAUGUGUGCGCCUUAGCCGCUGAGACUGGGGUGUCUUCAUCAGAUAUGCGGGCGGAUGGCACAGCGAUAUCGUGCUGGCAACAUGUGCCGUUAGUAUUCGCAACGGGGCGCACUUAGCUUCGGAACCUCGUGUGGAUGGGUAUGGUCCGCCAAGUACUGGAGUGGUUCUUCGCGUGGUGGGGAUGUGAUGCGCAUCAUCUGCACACUUCGAGUCUCUGGCCAAGAAUAUCUGCUUCCUUCUUGUGUUUCGAGUUUGCCGAUGCAGUUGGCCCUCGCAGGCAGUUCAUUGGGCAUCAUGGAGCGAGCGAGGUUGGACGGAUACGUGUUCUCCAACGACGUUAGAAGCGCGCGAGGGCUUUUGGAAUCAAGUGAGAAAACCGCUCAUGGCCAUGAUGUACAGCAUACACGGCCAACGAGUGUGUAAUAUGUGCAAUGCUACGUCGAGUGCCCAUGAGGCCUAUGAGACGAGAAUCGCUCGUGUGCUGUAGCGUGGCAAAGGCGCACCUGCUAGGGAGACUCACACUGCGGGCCGUCGCGAUGGGCUUCGGUUUAGCAGGCUAUAGUACACAGUACGUACAUGAGAUGUAAGACUGGCCCACUCAGCACGGCUUCUUACUGUACCAGUACCGGGAGAGACAAAGGAAGGGGGGCAUUUGGCUGCCAUGUCACCGUUUCUAAUAUACGCGAUUAUCAUGGUAAGCUUCGUAUAUUGCUCGUCUAGCCUGUCCCGUAGAUCACAGUUCAUGGGAGAAGAGGGUAGAAUAGAGAGUAUAGAGUAUAGAAUAUAAAAUAUAGAAUAUACCUUGAGUAUGGAGAACACAUCAUAGCUAAAGGGGG